CCUGUUCUGUUAGGAGAGUAAAUAUUCUGUCCAGUGCAUGAAAUCAACCCUCUUCGUGUAAAAGAGGAUCUUCUGCUUCCCUAAGGUAUAAACUGAAAACUGCUUCUUAUUCUCAUAUCCAGGAUGAGUCUAAAGCUAAAGCCUGCCAUUUUCCUGCUUUCCCUAAUCGGUGUUGGAUUGAUUGUUUUAAGUGCAUUUUCGGAUUGCAAUGGAUGGCUACAGAGUUUUGCCCCGACUGCUUGUUUUUCUGAUAAAAACGCUGACAUGCUGUUUGUCCGUCGUCUCAACCGUGCAAUCAAACCGUUUCUGUCUGCAAAGACAAAGCUGUCAGAGGAUGAUUUUAACUGGUGGAAGCGCAUACAGAUUGAACACCGUGACUUUGCUUUCUAUAAAAAUACAGUGAGUAAACUCUUUGAGAUAUUUCCACCCGUUCCUGAUCUUGGGAAAGCUUGCUCGGAAAGGUGUAGGACUUGUGCAGUAGUGGGAAAUUCAGUUAAUCUGAAAGGAUCACGUUAUGGACGCCUGAUAGAUUACCAAGAUGUCAUCAUAAGAAUGAACUUUGCUCCAACCAAAGGCUUUGAAGAAGACGUUGGAACCAAGACAACAUACCGUGUCAUGUACCCAGAGAGUGCUAGCGAUUUAGAUAACUCUACUCAUCUUGUGCUUUUUCCGUUCAAAAUACAAGACCUUGAUUGGCUUAUGAAAGCUUUUACAACAGGAUUUUCUGGGCGAUCAUAUGCACCUUUAAAAUCCAAAAUUAAUGCCAACAAAGAUUUGGUAAAGGUGAUUAAUCCAGCUUUUAUGAAGUACUCUCAUAUGGUCUGGCUGGAAGGAAAAGGGACGUAUCCAUCCACCGGUUUUAUGACUUUGAUUCUUGCACUUCACAUUUGUGAUGAGAUCCAUGUGUUUGGUUAUGGAGCAGACAGCGAUGAAAACUGGAGCCAUUACUUUGAAGCAUUGGAAAACAAAAAUCUUAAAACGGGACCACAUCCAGGACAACAUGAAUAUGAAAUAAUAAAACAGCUGGCUGAUGAAAAAACAGUUGAGCUUCAUCAGGGUUCAUGAUCAAAACCUGAUUAUUAUUUCUUUUAUAAAUAGAUUAUUAUUUCUCAUAAUCUUUUAAAAUCUUUGGUUUAAGACUAUUUAUGUUACACAACAUUAACAUUGGUAAUAUUAUCAUGGGCUGGUUGAAAAUCAUUGGUUUGGGAUUUUCAGUUUAUUUCACUUAAGUCUGCAUCACAGAAUUAUAUGGGAAAUUCUCAGAUUUUUGUCUCCCUGUUUUCAAUCCCUUAAUGUUUGUACUUUACAUUUUGCUAUUAAGCAGAUUUCUGCUAAGUUAGAGUUGAUGACUACACAAUGUCAUAAUGCAGCGCAGCUGAAACAGUUAUCACAAAGUUUACAUUUUACUUUAAUUAAUUUAUAGCUUCUAAAUUAUGUUAUCAUAUGUAAAUCUGAAAUAAUUGUGAUGUCAUCCAACAUAAUCCCUUACCCUCCUGUUUAACUAUAAGCUACUAUUUGGCAAUGCACGGGUAAAAUGAAGGUGCGAAAUAAAAACAACUGUUAUCGAAACACAUU